CUGGUUGUUACGUGUACUAAUUAAAUACCCUUGCAGCAGCGGCCUUUGGUAUGCAUGUCUUGCUGCUCCUCUACCUUCAUCGACGGCAAAGCUCAAAGGUGACAUCAAUCCGGACCUCCUCGCCUAUCAUUGCAGCAGACAUCCUUCACCGCCUUCACGGUCUGGCACUCACUACCAUCAAGUUCAAUAGCGAGCGAGCGGCAAGACUGCGCCGCCUGACCAACGACAGGGGCAGCCAAGCAAACAAACACCCGUCUACAGAUCUCGUUCUGCCUGAGGUCAAGUGGACUUCAGGGAGGCAAAUACCAUGCAAGACUACCUCCAUCAGUCUCAGCCUCGAUUCCAACUCAGCAAUAUCAGCAGCAUCGUCUGCCAGCAGGUCAACCCUGACAACUCGCUCCUCAUUCGAAAACACAAUCUCGAGAGACAGGUCAAUACGAAACGGAUACACCUCUAAUCUGGUACGAGCAGAGCAGCUGCACAGUCAACCCGCAGCCACAAAGUCAUAUUUGGACGAGACAGACGACGGGGAUCAGCUCCGCGAAAAGCUAUAUUCUACUCAUUGAUUUCAGCCCAAGGGAGCAAUCAUGUCGAAAUCCAUUGUGCCCACACCUACCCGAUCCACCUUUGGACGGCAAGGAAUCAGCAGCGCU